AUGCUAUUCAUGAGUUAGUUCAACCACAUUCUUAAUUCUAAAUUUCUUCAUGAUAUUUUUUUAUAAUAUUUUUAUCCAAAAAAGGAGAUUUUGAUAAAAUCACUAUAAUUUAGUUCCUAAUUAAUUAUUUAAUUUAAGUUUAUUGAUAAUUAGUAAUGUUCUCAAAAAAUUUUCUAUAAAUCAAUAGAAAUUGUGUAAAGUGUUAUACCAAUAUCUUAAAGAAAGAAAUAUAUAAUAAAAUAAAAAGGCUUAGAUAAAGUUAAUUCAUGGGAUUAAUCAAUAUUGAGAAAAUAAAUUGAGUAUUUUGGUUAUAAAUAUGAAAAAUUUUAGAUAAGAGAAAUUGAAAUUAAUAACCUCCUUCAAUUAAAACAAUAGCCUUAAAUUUAUUUUUAAUAGUUCUGCAUAUAUAUCUCUUAAAAUACUUAAUUAAUAUUAACAUUAGGGAUAUAAAACAAUCCAAAAUCAUUAUUAUAAGAAAAAUUAUAAUUAUCAUAAUUUAAUUAUUAUUAAAUUGAUGAUAACUCUAUAAAAUUAUCCAAAGAAUUAUAUCAUAAAGGUUAUCAUAUUGUAUUAAUCAUUAGGUUAUGAUUUAUAUUUGGGAGAUAAAUAUGAUGAGGCGAUAUAAAUAUUAGAUAAAUCACUAUAAUAUAAUCCUAAUAACCAUUUAUCUCUAUGGUGUAAAGGUAAAAUUAUAGAUGAUUAAUAGGUUAAUGUUUAAGAUUGUUAAAUAAAUAUGAAGAUGCAAUCACUUGUUUAGACAAAGCAUUAGCUAUUGAUACUAACCAUGUUAAUUCCUUAAGUUAAAAAGGUAGAUUGAAUCAUAAUUAUAUUAAUAGGUGAAUGUUUAAGAUUAAUGAAAAAAUAUAAUGAAUCUUUAUAAUAACUGGAUUAAGCACUGUUAAUUAAUCCGCAACAUUUAUUUUCUCUCUAAACUAAAGGUUUCAUAUAGUUGUAUUUUUAGGAGAUUGUUUAAGAGAUUAAUAAAAAUAUAAAGAAUCUUUAAUUUAUUAAUGAGAAAUCAUUAGAGAUUAAUCCAAAUAACCAAUAUUCAAAAAACUAAAAGGGUAUGCUUAAAUUAUUAAAUUAGAAUUUUGCUUAAAGAAAUUGAAUCAAUGA